CGCUGCUCUUGCGCCUGGCAGUGAUUAUAGCCACCGCUAUCGCUGUCGUAUGCCUCUUCCGCCAGCCGCUCUCCGCUGCACCGCCACCCCGCCAGGCGCCAGCCUCCUGGGCGAGGCUUCCGGACCGAUGCGCCCCGGCGUGCUGUCCCAUGGCCAAGUGCAUGGCAUGCGGGCCGGGCACAACCUCGUUGCCCAGGCACAGCCCCGCCGACUCCGUGACGGGCUGCGAGCCGGUUUGCGACUUUCGCUGCAUUGAGACACCGGCGCGGGCGGCAUUCGAGCCAGCGCCGUCGCGGCUGCUGGCGGGUCCUGACUGGUCGGUGGCGGCGUCGCUCCGGGCGCUCGAGCUCGAGCAUUCGGCGGUCUGGAACUCGACUCGACGCGUCGUCGUGGUCGGCCUCAAGGUGCGCCGCGACUUCAACGUCUACCGCGCCGCCUUUGCCUCUCGAGGCUUUGCGGCGAUGCACCUGCCGACGCCACUGCUGCUGCGCUCUGAGCCGGGGUCUGGGCUGCACUACGGCCCUGUGGCGGCGCCGAGGCGGCUAGAGAGUGUCGCGGCCGUGCUCUGCCACUCUGUUCUCGCCAGCCACUGCUUCAAGGGGUAUCCGGACGCCGCGGGCGGCGCGGAGGCCGCCAACGCGACGGACCCGUCCGAGGCGGCGCGCCGCAUCUUUGGCGCCGUCGAGCCGUCGGUCAAGAUCAACCGCCUGCCAGGCGCGCGGCAGGUGCUCACCGCCAAGGAUGGCCUCUGCGCCACCCUCCGCGCCUCGGGCCUGUCGGCGGCGGAGACGUCGCGCUUCACUUUUCCAUGCUGGAGCCUGCCCGAGGACCGACGCCGCUUGCGCGACGCGCUGCGAAGGGGUGUCGACAGUUCGGUGCAGUCGAGCGAUGCGGUGCGAGGAGGUGUCGAGCCGCACGCGCCUCAAGGCGAUGCGGGAGGAGGCAAUGGAGGAGGCAAUGGUGGCAAUGGAGGCGGAGAUUCAGGCGAUGCAUUGGGCGGUGGGGUCGACGUGGGGCAAGCCCAGGCCGGCUGGCGGCGCAGAGAGGCGUUCCCGUGGCGGCGCGGGUUGUGGAUCGUCAAGCCAGCCCGCGGAUCGGUGGGGCACGGCAUUGCCAUCGCAAACGCAUCGGAGCUGCUCGCAGCGAUGCGCGGGGAGGCCGUCGCGCUCUCCUACGGCGGCUCCUUCCCUCCCGGCCGUGCGGUCGUAUCGCCCUACCUCUCCGAGCCCCUGCUUCACGACGGCCGCAAGUGGGACUUGCGCACCUACGUCCUCUGCACGUCGGCGCUGCCGAUGCGGCUGUACCUCUUCACGGAGGGCGUCGUGCGCUAUGCCGCCGCCGCGUACGGUUCCUCCGGUCGCGCAGCGUACCUCACCAACACGCACGUUGGGAAGGAAACGCUGCACCGUGGCAUCGCUCCCAUCACGGGCACCUUCGCCGCGCUCGGUGACCACUUUAGCGCGCGCGCCCAGCGAGGCGCGGGGACGGGACAGUCUGGUGGCUCGAGGCUGGCCGGCGGUGGCGGCGCGUUGGGGUGCGCCUCGUGCUACCACAUCUUCGGAGUCGACCUGAUCGCUGACCGCGGAGGGGAGUUCCGCGUCAUCGAGGUGAAUGUCCAGCCUGACCUCACCCUCUCCCAAUCCGGUUGCGCGGCUGCCGCGGCUAGCGCAGCUCCCGCGAGCACCGACACCGGAGCGGCGGGCGACGGCUGCUGGGGAGGCUCCUUCUCGUAUGACCACGCCAAGCGAGCCGCCGCGUACAACGCCGUGAGCGUCGUCUACGCCGACCGGUCCGCCGCAGCGACGCUCGCGAGACUGCUCACGCCGCUCGCCGGGCGGGUCGUCGCCUUCCCGCGGCUGCUCGCCCCCGGCGGCGGCUUGGCCGCCGACGCCCUCUCCUACUUGCUCGAGGCGGCACGCCGCGCACUGGAGGCGCUUGGCGGCCGCCGCAACGACGAAGUGGGGGCGCGUGGUGGGCGGCCGGCCGAGCGGUGGCGGCCUAGCUACAGGCGGCGGUGCGAGGCGAUGCUGGCCGCCGCACUGCCAUCGGGAUCAGACGCCGCCGCGGGUGCGGCUGCUUCGCCGUGGCAUUUCGGCGGCGGCGGUGGCGGCGGCGGUGGCGGCGGUGGCGGCGGCAGUGGUCCGCCGGGCGAAUGGGCGUGGGCCCGGCGCGAGUAUUUAUUCCAGACGGUGUACGAUGUCGAGGACUGA